AUGCUCCAAUUGGUUAAGUGGUUGUCUGAACUUCUCUUGCUUGGUAUCUCCAAAUACAGUCCUUUCACACAUGGAUUUUCAACCAUGCCCAUAAUGCAUGCCUUCACUUAUUGCUUCAUAACAAUGUCAUCCCUCUAUGCUGUUGUCUUCAUCCUCUAUGGCAUUGUACCUCAAGUAUGCCUCCUCAAAGGAAUCUCUGUCUUCCCAAAGGUGACAGACCCUUGGUUUGCAGUGUUUGCAUUUGUGUAUGUAUCCACUCAGGUUCAACAUUUGGUUGAGGUUCUUUCUGGAGAAGGGUCUGUGGCAAUGUGGUGGGAUGAACAAAGAAUUUGGAUUCUGAAGUCGGUGACGAGCAUAUUUGCAAUCGUAGAUGCAGUGAAGAAAAGGUUGGGGCUGAACAAGGUGAAAUUCACCUUGUCAAACAAAGCCAUUGACAAAGAGAAGGUGAAGAAAUACGAGGAAGGAAGGUUCGAUUUCCAAGGUGCAGCUGUGUUCAUGGCUCCAUUGGUUGUGUUACUCAUAAUCAACAUUGUUGGCUUCUUUGGUGGGAUAUGGAGAGUAUUGCAUGUGAAGGAUUUUGAAGAAAUGUUUGGUCAACUUUUCCUAGUCACCUAUGUAAUGGUUCUCAGUUAUCCCAUUCUCGAGGCCAUCCUAACCAUGAAAAGCAAGAGUGGAUAG